AAAGCUCGAAAGAUGGCAGUCUUGAAGAAGAUGACAGCUGUACUUUGUUUAUAAAACAAUAUGGUCCCUUACUGAAGGACCAGGAUGAGAGCUGCCCCAAAGUGAAUAGCUUCUUAACUCAGGAUAAGCAUGAUGAAGGAUUGUAUAGAUUCAGUAGUCUAAAUGAUUUGUCUCAACCUAUUUCCCAAAAUAAUGAGAGUACUUUGCUGGCAUAUCGUGGUGGUGAUUUUGUGUUGUUUCCACCUGCAUUGGCAGGGAAGCUUGCUGCUUCUGCUCAUCAGGCAACUAAAGCAAAACCUGAUGAGCCAGAAUUUCACUCAUCUCAAUCAAACAACCAGAAACAAGUAAUUGAAGAAUCAGCUAUUUACAAUCAAGUUUCUCUUUUGUUAGUUAAGAGUUUAACGUUGAAACCUUUUGAAAGCCAGGGAGGAGGGUAUCUUUCUUCCCAACCAACCCAAAGCAAAAAUAGAAAAUUAUCAAAUGAGAGCUUGAAUGCUAAGAAUAAUACUAACUCAGCAUGUUUCUGCAGAAAGAAAUUAGAUGGUGUACCAAUUGGUAAAGCUAUAAUUUUAAAUACAGAAAACUUUUCUAGUACACCUCCUGCUAAGUCUUUGAAAUAUUGCCUUCUGGUCCUAAGUGUAAUGCAAGACAUCCUUCUACAAAAGCAAUGAAGCAAACAGAUAUAGGUGUGUAUUUUGGAAUACCUCCCAAAAGAAAAGAAGAGAAAUUGCUAGGGGAAAGUGCAUUAAAAGGGAUAAACUUAAAUCCAGUUCAAAGUCCUAAUAAAAAGAGGUCCUGGCAGUGCAAGAGGAAAGCAGAAAAAUCUUUAAGUGAUUUAGAAUUUGAUGCGAAGAAUUUAAAUGAGAGUCAGUUUUCUGUGGAACUUUCUAGUGAGAGGUCACAGCGUCAAAAAAAGAGACUUAAAAAGUCAAAUUCACCACCGGAAACAGUGCAUCAGAAGAGAUCAGAUCACCUUACUAAUGCAGAAUCUGAAACAGUCAAUUUAAGUAAAGUCAAAGUCUUCACAAAAUCAGCUCAUGGUGGGCUGCAAAGGAGGAACAAGAAAAUCCCAGAGUCAUCUACUGUAGGAGAAUUAAGAAAAAAGACAUAUCCAUUUUAUAAGAAAAUACCUGGAACUGGCUUUACAGUUGAUGCCUUUCAGUAUGGCGUGGUUGAAGGCUGCACAGCCUAUUUUCUCACACAUUUUCAUUCUGAUCAUUAUGCCGGAUUGUCUAAACACUUCACAUUUCCCGUUUAUUGUAGUGAGAUAACUGGCAAUUUGUUGAAGAACAAGCUUCAUGUGCAAGAACAAUAUAUCCAUCCAUUGCCACUGGACACCAAAUGUAUCAUGAAUGGUGUCAAAGUUGUUUUGCUUCAUGCCAAUCACUGUCCAGGUGCUGUCAUGAUCCUCUUCUGUCUUCCUAAUGGUACUGUCAUAUUACACAUGGGAGACUUCAGAGCAGAUCCUAGCAUGGAGCAUUCUCUUCUUGCGAACCGGAAAGUCCAUGUGCUGUACUUAGAUACCACAUAUUUUAGCCCAGAAUACACCUUUCCAUCUCAUCAAGAGGUUAUCCAGUUUGCCAUCAACACUGCCUUUGAGGUUGUAACUCUAAACCCACGUGCUCUUGUUGUCUGUGGUACUUACUGUGUUGGAAAAGAGAGUCUUCCUAGCCAUUGCUGAUGUUUUAGGUUCAAAAAUGGGCAUGUCCCAAGAAAAAUAUAAAACACUACAGUGCCUCAAUAUACCAGAAAUUAAUUCACUCAUCACUACAAACAUGUGCAGUUCAUUGGUUCACCUUCUCCCAAUGAUGCAAAUUAAUUUCAAGGGCUUACAGAGUCAUUUGAAGAAAUAUGGUGGGAAAUAUAAUCAGAUUUUGGCAUUUAGACCUACAGGAUGGACACACUCUAACAAGUUCACUACUAUAGCAGAUGUUAUUCCCCAGAUCAAAGGAAACAUUUCAGUAUAUGGAAUUCCUUACAGUGAACACAGCAGCUACCUGGAAAUGAAAUGCUUUGUCCAAAUGGCUGAAGCCCCAGAAAAUCAUACCUACUAUAAAUGUUGGCACCUGGAAAUCUAGGAGCACGAUGGAGAAAUAUUUUAGAGGUGGAAACUGGAAGCUGGAUAUUGAUGAUACCUCCGAGGAUUCAGUAGUAGUUCAGUUCCUUGGUUGUAGCUUGUUAGUAGUUAAGUCUAUAGAGAUAUGAAAUGCACUUUGUGUGGAAAACCUUCAUGAAGAUUGUCCAGAUAGUUUAGUUUCUCAUUUAUGUUUGAACAACAUGUUCCUGGUGCUGAAUGCCUCUCAGCAUCAUCAAGGAUAACUGAAACUGAGUCUCCCUGGGACCCUUACUUUCUUGCCCCUUGCCCUCCAUGGGCAGUUAUAUUCUGCAUCAAGCCCUAGAAGAGGAAGCAAAGGCAGAUUCAGGGACCAAAAGGAUUAAUGAUAAUUAAUAAACUAGAUUGAAACAUGAUAUGUAUAAGCAAUUAUGCAUCUUUAAAAUUAUGAGAUGAAAGUAUUAUAUGUAUACUUAAAUAAAAUUAAUAUAAAAUUUG